UGAAUGGCACCCCCAUGCAUCUCAGCCUGAACUAUGUUUGCGGGUUCCAUAACUGCAGUGAAACAGCUGUCUUAAAUAUAAAUAGCACUCAAUGUACUAUCCAGCCCAGGAGCGGACUGACAACUCAUGGGGCCCCCGGGCAAUAGGGGAUCAUGGGGCCCCUGUGUCCUUGCCCAAACUCAAAAAAAAGCCUAUGAAAAAGGUACCAGGGGCAUCUCAUGGGGCCCACUACUGACCCCGGGCCCUCGGGCAGUGCCCGAGUUUCCAAAUGGUCAGUCCGCCCCU